UGACGUCACCACGCUGCGGCCUGAUCUGAACUACACAGCUGAAAGAAAUUGGAGAAAACAACACGGCGCCGAAAAAAAAGAAGCCACGACGUCACGUAGUCGUGUAACAACCAAAGAUAUCAAGGAGCCAGCUGAAAAAAAAUAUUGUCUUGUUGGGUAAUAAGUUACCACCGAUAGAUGAUACGCAAGAUGCCUGGUCAACUCAACAAGGUGGUGAUGCACAGAAAGAGGAAGAGUGUCUCUGAGCCCAAAAACUCCAAAAAGGUUUCUGUCCCCAGGAGGAAAUGUGUGAAAAGUCCAAAGGCGCUCUGUGAAGCGGAGAGCAGCUCGGUGGCCAGCGCUAAAAGCAAAGCGGCCGGCGACACAUCAAAGAGACUGUCUCACAUCAGCUGUGAGUGCCUCCUGUCUGCAGGCAGACAGCGAUGCUCUGCGUCUCCUCUGUUGGACGGGCAGGAUGGCAAAGAAAACGACAUGCGGACCAGCCCCUUUUUGGAGACCUGCGCAUGGUACGGUGUACAGGACAUGCGUGGUCCUGAUAACAUGGAGUGCCAAGAAUCGGACAAAAACGUGUUUCCUGAUGAUGACAGCAACCAGAUUCUUCCUGUGGAACAGUUUUUCGGAAAUCUGGAUGAGUUACAGGAUUUUCCUCAAAGAACAUCAGCGACGACUUCUCGUCAUCAGAGAAGGCACAGGCGGCGCCAUUAUUACGCUCUGGAAGACAGCGAUGAAGAGCAGCAGCAAGAGGCAGAGGCAGGCCUCAGCAGUACACAGCAAGAGGAUACUUUGUGACGGCGUUUUACUUUCUGCACUCAGAAACCUUUCAGCGCUUAGCUUGAAAAAAAAAAAAAGUGUAUAAAGCAGCCAAAUGAAACUUAUGAGAAGUCCAGUCAGCCUAUCACAAGCACCAAGGUAAUGUGAGGAUUCCUUUUUGUUUUUGAUGCUUAUGCCGAAAGAUAAGCAUACCUCACACUUCUGACUUUGUCACAUCGGUGGGGAGGCCAACACCACUCAAGACAAUCACUUCCAACACAAGCCAGCAUUGCAUGAAUGUCUUUAGAGAGCGUGCUGCCAGUUGGAACACAGCCUGUGUCCAUAGUGAUCACAUUAUUUUUCAACAUUUUACUGCUACCACAUAUCAUACAACUAUUUAUGAAUGCCUUUAUGCCCACUCAAGGCCUGGUUUGGAGGUGACAAUGAACACGCUUAUGCCAUUUAAAAACCACAAGGGGAGCGUGUAACGAGAUCCAGUGGUACAAGAGCUGUGUCAAACAUCCUGCCUUCACACAGAUGCUCAGUCUUACACCUAUGAAUCUUUUUUUUUUUCUUUCUUGCAAAUAUAUUUUAUUGAAUUUUACAGUUGAAAUCACAUUUGACAAUCACACUUCACUCACUCAGACCCUUCAUACAUGCACACAUCCACACUCACAUGCACGCUUGAGGAGAGAAGGUGCACUUGGGCUUUAACAACUCAAGGUUUACAGUAUAGACAUUAGGAAAAAGUACCCAGAUAUUGCACCGUAUUUUUCCGAGUAUAAGUCGCUCCGGAGUAUAAGUCGCACCGGCCGAAAAUGCAUAAUAAAGAAGGAAAAAAACAUAUAAGUCGCAUUUUUUAGGGAAAUGUAUUUGAUAAAAUCCAACACCAAGAAUAGACAUUUGAAAGGCAAUUUAAAAUAAAUAAAGAAUAGUGAACAACAGGCUGAAUAAGUGUACGUUAUAUGAGGCAUAAAUAACCAACUGAGAACGUGCCUGGUAUGUUAACGUAACAUAUUAUGGUAAGAGUCAUUCAAAUAACUAUAACAUAUAGAACAUGCUAUACGUUUACCAAACAAUCUGUCAGUCGUAAUCGCUAAAUCCCAAGAAAUCUUAUACGUCUAGUCUCUUACGUGAAUGAGCUAAAUAAUAUUAUUUGAUAUUUUACGGUAAUGUGUUAAUAAUUUCACACAUAAGUCGCUCCUGA